CAGAGCCAAACUGCGGUGAGAGUGCGAAGAUGGCAGCUGCGGACGAGCCGAAGCCCAAAAAGCUCAAGGUGGAGGCGCCCCAAGCGCUGAGAGAAAAUGUGCUAUUUGGAAUGGGAAAUCCUCUUCUUGACAUCUCUGCUGUAGUAGACAAAGAUUUCCUUGAUAAGUAUUCUCUGAAACCAAAUGACCAGAUCUUGGCUGAAGACAAGCACAAGGAGUUGUUUGAUGAACUUGUAAAAAAAUUCAAAGUUGAAUAUCAUGCUGGUGGCUCUACGCAGAAUUCAAUGAAAGUGGCUCAGUGGCUGAUUCAGGAGCCUCACAAAGCAGCAACAUUCUUUGGAUGCAUUGGGAUAGAUAAGUUUGGGGAGAUCCUGAAGCGUAAAGCUGCUGACGCACAUGUGGAUGCUCAUUACUAUGAGCAGAAUGAGCAGCCAACAGGAACGUGUGCUGCGUGCAUCACUGGUGGCAACAGGUCCCUUGUUGCUAACCUUGCUGCCGCCAAUUGUUAUAAGAAGGAGAAACACCUUGACCUGGAGAGGAACUGGAUGUUGGUAGAAAAAGCCAAAGUUUACUACAUAGCUGGCUUUUUUCUCACAGUCUCCCCAGAGUCGGUAUUGAAAGUGGCUCGCUAUGCUGCCGAGAACAACAGGGUCUUCACUUUGAACCUGUCUGCACCAUUCAUUAGCCAGUUCUUCAAGGAAGCCUUGAUGGACGUCAUGCCUUAUGUUGAUAUCCUCUUUGGAAAUGAGACGGAAGCUGCCACUUUUGCUAGAGAGCAAGGCUUUGAGACUAAAGACAUUAAAGAAAUAGCCAAAAAGACGCAGGCUCUUCCAAAGGUGAACUCGAAGAGGCAGAGGAUCGUGAUCUUCACACAGGGGAGAGAUGACACCAUAGUGGUUGCAGAAAAUGAUGUCACCGCUUUUCCUGUCUUGGAUCAAAACCAGGAAGAGAUCAUUGACACCAAUGGAGCUGGAGAUGCGUUUGUUGGAGGCUUUCUGUCCCAGCUGGUCUCUGACAAGCCUCUGACUGAGUGCAUCCGCGCCGGCCACUAUGCGGCAAGCGUCAUCAUCAGGCGGACUGGCUGCACCUUUCCCGAGAAGCCAGACUUCCACUGAUGGAAGAAAGAAAACUCAGGCUGUGGAGUGGAGACACCAGUGACCACGUCCUACGCGUUCCUGCCAUUAGAAAGAAUAGAGUUAUCCUCUGUCAUUGCCCACCAUGGUUCUCAUUAGUAACUUAGAGGGCUCAGUGCUACUCCUAGGACCUUUAGUCUCUCUGAAAUCUGGGAAAAAUGUUUAUUUGCAUAGUUUGUUAGUGCCUCUUAAAUAUCAAAUGGGAAUACAUUUCAGUAGAAACUUUAAUUUCAUUUUCAAUUGUAAAUUCAUCGGUAUUUAGUAAAUUGAUCAUUUUUUUUAUAUUUCUGCUUCCAAUGCAGGUGCAAUUUAAUAUAAUAGACUUUUUAAAGAAAUUAAUGCUAACAUCAUUCUUGAGCUUUUUAUAUAAAUAUAUUUAAUUUGGAAGC